AUGUCGAAGGGCAAAGUUUGUUUGGCUUAUUCUGGUGGUCUAGACACGUCUAUUAUCCUGGCCUGGUUGUUGGAGCAGGGCUACGAGGUGGUUGCGUUCAUGGCGAACGUGGGCCAGGAGGAGGACUUCGACGCGGCCCGCGAGAAGGCUCUGAAGAUCGGCGCCACCAAGUACGUUCUUGUCGACUGCCGCGAGGACUUUGUCAAAGAUAUCCUGUUCCCGGCCGUGCAGGUAAACGCCGCGUACGAGGAUAUCUAUCUGCUGGGCACGUCUCUGGCCCGGCCCGUAAUCGCCAAGGCGCAGAUCGACGUGGCGAAGCAGGAGGGCUGCUUCGCCGUGUCGCACGGCUGCACCGGCAAGGGCAACGACCAGAUCCGGUUCGAGCUGGGAUUCUACGCGCUGAAGCCUGACGUCAAGGUGAUCGCGCCCUGGAGACUGCCCGAGUUCUUCGAGAGAUUCGCCGGGAGAAAGGAUCUGCUCGACUAUGCCGCGGAGAAAGGGAUCCCCGUGGCGCAGACCAAGGCCAAGCCGUGGUCCACGGACGAGAACCAGGCGCACAUCUCGUACGAGGCGGGCAUCCUCGAGGACCCAGACACGACGCCUCCAAAGGACAUGUGGAAACUGAUUGUGGAUCCGCAGGACGCGCCCGAGACGCCGCAGGACUUGGCGAUCGAGUUCCAGCGCGGUCUGCCCGUCAAAGUGAGCUACCAGCGCGACGGCCAGCAGGUCGUGGUCACCGAGCCUCUGGAGAUCUUCGCGCACGUGUCGAGCCUGGCAAGAGCUAACGGUGUCGGCAGAAUCGACAUCGUCGAGGACCGCUACAUCAAUCUGAAGUCGAGAGGCUGCUACGAGCAGGCUCCACUGACCGUGUUGAGAAGAGCUCACGUGGAUUUGGAGGGUCUGACGUUGGACAAGGAAGUGCGCGCGUUGAGAGACCAAUUCGUGACGCCAGCGUACUCCAGACUGCUGUACAACGGAUCGUACUUCACGCCAGAGUGCGAGUACGUGAGAUCGAUGAUCCAGCCUUCGCAGGAGUCCGUGAACGGUGUUGUCAGAUUGAGACUGUACAAGGGUAAUGUGAUCGUGUUGGGCAGAUCAUCUGCUACGGAAAACUUGUACGAUCCAACCGAGUCCUCGAUGGACGAGUUGACCGGCUUCUCGCCAGUAGACACCAGUGGUUUCAUCGCGAUCCAGGCCAUCAGAGUCAAGAAGUACGGCGAAGCCAAGAAGGCAAAGGGCCAAGAGAUCACUCUUUAG